AUGUCGACUACGCAGUCGGACCCAGCGUCUGCCUCAACUCAACAUGCAGCGGGUUCCUCGCGCUCAAACGUGAAAGCCAUGUCUGUUGAAGCUAAGACACCUCCCAACAACUGCUUCCGUGGUAUCGUGACCGUGGAGGUGGGCCCUCGAAAACAAGCCUUCUCGAUACACAAAGAUCUCCUCUGCUAUUACUCCGACUAUUUCCGUGGCGCUUUCGAGGGCUCUUUCAAAGAAUCAGUCGAUGGCAAGAUCUGGCUUAAGAAAGAGAAUCCUGCCAUCUUUGACAUCUUCAAUGCAUUCUUGUAUAACCGCAAACUCCAGGAUGCAAAGGGGCUUGUAGGACCUAGUCUGAGUUUCAAAACGCUUGUCGACUUGUGGAUCUUUGGGGAUCAGUUCGUUGUCCCCUUGCUCCAGAACCUUGCCAUAGACAGCUUCCAGCAAAAGUCCGAUACGGAGAAGUGCAUACCGUGGAAAACGCAGAUACGCAAGAUUUACGACAACACUCUACAUGGCGCUCCACUGCGCAGGAUCAUGAUAGACAUGACGGCUUUUGAAACACACAUAGGUCGAAGACCGCGUGAAGAGGUUGUGGAAUCAUGGCCCGUGGAGGCUCUGGUCGAUCUUGCGUUCACGCUGUCAUUGAAAACUUCAGACGAGGUCAAGUGCUCGAAGAUGCCGGAGUACAAGAAAAUGAAGUGCUAUUAUCACGUUCACAACAAAGGAGAGGAAUGCUAG